AUGAUUAAAUAUACAAACUAUCUGAACCCGUCUCAAGUUACAGACACAAGAACAAAUACAGCUUGUCAAACUUCAGUAGAGACACAGCUAGGUUGUAAUAGUGGGGAAGAUGAUGAAAUAAAUAGCUAUGGUGAUAAACAUUACACAACAACUACCACCCCAACAACACCAACCAAACCUACAAAAAGUCCCACCAAAUCAAUAUCGGCCAAAAAGAAAGUGAAAGCACAGGCUGCAUACACGAAGUCGAGUGGUCGUGUUGUUUACACUGGUAGUCGAACAUUAUAUACUGCAGGUCGACCACCUUGGUAUGAUUCACAGGGUCAACUCAAAAAACCUUUUGUUAUAGGAAUAUGUGGCGGCAGCGCCUCAGGAAAAACUACAGCUUCGAGAAAAAUAAUAGAAGCUUUAGAUGUACCGUGGGUCAGCUUACUGAGUAUGGACUCUUUUUAUAAGGUAAUUUUGGAGAUAGAUUUUUUGGAACAGAUUAUAUGGAAGACAGUUGAAUGUUUUUAUAAACAAUUUUAA